AUGGAGCAGUACAUGGUGCUUCUGCCCUUUCUGAUACGUACUGAUUCUCCUGAGAAAGUCUGUGUUCAGCUGACUCACCUGAAUGAGUCUGUGACACUGAGCGCUACACUUGAGUAUCAAGGGGAAAACAGGAGCCUGAUUGAUGAUCUGGUGAUAGAGAAGGAUUUGUUUACCUGCAUCCCUUACUCUCUUUCAAAAUCCAACAGCACAUCAGUGGCACUUCUCACUGUGACAGUGAAGGGAGAGACCCUGCAGUUCAGAAGCCGCAAGUCAGUGCUGGUCAUGAAUUCUGAGAGUUUGGUCUUUGUCCAGACAGACAAACCUAUCUACAAGCCUGGACAGACAGUUCUGUUUCGGAUUGUCUCUCUGGAUAAAGACUUCCACCCAGUGAAUGAGAAGUUUCCAUUCGUCUAUGUUCAGGAUCCCCAGAGAAACCGUGUUUAUCAAUGGCAAGGGGUAGAACUUGAGACCGGCCUUACACAGCUCUCCUUCCCCCUCACCUCUGACCCCAUCCAAGGCUCCUACAAAAUAGUCGUGCAGAAGAACUUCAUCGCCCACGUGGAGCAUUCCUUCUCUGUCGAGGAAUACGUGCUGCCCAAGUAUGAGGUCCUGGUGAAGCUGCCUAAGAUGAUCACUAUUGAGGACAAGGAACUUCCAGUGUCCGUCUGUGGUCUUUACACCUAUGGAAAACCAGUCCCCGGUUUGGUGAGUGUCCAAGUGUGCCGGAAAUUUUCCCAUUCUGCUUCACAUUGUUAUAGAAAAGAAGGAGAAGCUGUAUGUGAAGAAUUCACCAGGCAGGCAGAUGCUCACGGGUGUGUUUCUGCUGUAGUAAGGACUAAGAUAUUUCAGCUCCGGCGCAGGGGAUAUAAGAUGAGCAUUGAGGUGCAAGGCAAGAUCACAGAAGAUGGUACAGGAAUAGUUGUGACUGGAACAGGCUCCUGUGAAAUCACAUCCAUAAUGAGCAAAGUCAGCUUUGACCUGUUGGACUCUUAUUACAGACCAGGGAUCCCACUCUUUGGCAGGGUGAAGCUGGUAGAUGGUAAUGAUGUUCCUAUUGCCAAUGAAACCAUCAGGAUUUCUGUGAAUGGAGACGUAUACAAAGGCAAUUACACUACAGACAAGCAGGGACUAUCCUGGUUUUCCAUUGAUACUACCACGUUUACAGAAGCCUCCCUGGAAAUCCGAGCUGAAUAUAAACCUGAACUGAACUGUUAUGUCAGUGACUGGAUCACGCCUUCACAUGAGCAUGCCAUGCGUAGAAUAAGUCGGUUUUACUCCCCCAGUAAGAGCUUCCUCAAAAUUGAGCCCAAGUUGGAGAUGUUAAGUUGUGGCUCCUCCGCAGAGAUCCAGGUGCACUAUAUCUUCACACCAGAGGUUAUUGAACAGCAGAGGAAUAUUAUCAUUUACUAUUUGGUGAUGGCCAAGGGCAGUAUUAUAUUAGCAGACACCUAUGAUCUGACUGUGGAUCCUGGAAAUGCUUAUGGGAUAUUCCAGUUGAUCUUACCUGUUGGGAUGACAAUUGCUCCCCUGGCACAAAUGCUUGUGUAUACCACUUCACCCAGUGGAGAAGUCAUUGCUAGUACAGGAGAAUUCCAAGUUGAAAGUUGCCUUCUCAAUAAAGUCAGCUUGAGUUUUGUACCCAAGGAAGAACUUCCUGCCUCCAACACAAGCCUGAAACUCCAUUCCUCACCAAGGUCCCUAUGUGCCCUCCGUGCUGUGGACAGGAGCGUUCUCCUCAUGAAGCCUGAAGAUGAGCUCUCUCCCAGCUCUGUGUAUAACCUUCUCCCACUCAAAGAACUCCGGGGUUAUAGCUUCAAGGACUACUACUUGGAAGAAGAAGAUGUAAACCCCUGUGUGUCACUUGACAACAUAUUACUAAAUGGAUUCACCUAUGUACCCAUUUCUCCUGAUGGUGAAGGUGAUGCUUAUGAAAUUCUCAAACUGAUAGGCUUAAAAGUCUUCACUAGCAACAAGAUCCACAAGCCUGAAGUCUGCCAGCAUUACACAGCGCAUAUGAUGGAAAGGAGUUACAGUGGUUCUAUCAUUGCAUCGCAACUCCUUGAUGAUUCAGACUAUGCAAUGUUAAAAGGGAUGGAUGCUGACCAUCCCAUGGAGACCAUCCGGAAGUACUUCCCUGAGACAUGGAUUUGGGACAUAUUUUCAGUGAACUCUGAGGGAAAUGCUGAUCUAGGUGUGACCAUCCCUGACACCAUCACUGGGCUGGUGGAGUUCUUGGUGAGCACCGAGGCCCUGCAGAACCAGCAGCCAUGCAGAAACUCUGUAGUGGAGACCCCUGAGAAAGGGAGGAAGGACACGGUCAUCAGGCAACUGCUGGUGGAG